CUCAAUCAUUUUAUUCAACUAUUGACAAACCAACAAGGAUCACUACUGAUAGUGCAACUCUAAUUCAUAACAUUCUAACCAAUGAUUACAAUUAUACAAUCCAAGUAUUACAAUUUGUAGCUAAAAUGCAAGAUAAUAAAUCAGUGUAAAAGCGUUACUGCUCGUUUGGUGACAAUAGUAAGGCAAGUAUCAGCAAAAUAGUCAAGAAAAUGAAAGAAUGCAUCUUUGAAAAUCCGCCAUCUUGAGAAAAAAAACCGGACAAAAAAGUAUUGUCUUACUUUUAGUGUGGCAAGAAACCAUUUGUUUGCGACCCUUUUGGAUGCAAAAGUAGCAGAAGAUUGUUAUUGUACUUUAGCUUUCUCAUUUGUGUUUCCAAAAGAUGAAGAAUAACUCUGAGUUUCUUUCAAUGAGUGACGCUUUUUAUAAGUUUGAAAGUUAAGACUGUUGUCAAUGUUUGAAAUUUGUACAUUUGCCAUCGAUUGAAAUGGCGUGAGACUGUUUUCUUAGUAAAUUGUUUUUGGUGGGGGUGUUAUAGGUUUAUUUUUUAAAUGGAUUAAAGUAGCUGGAUAAAAGUACUUAAUCUAAUUUAAAAUGCUUUUAAAACGAAUUUUGUGAUUGUCCCAGUUAUUUCAAUACAAUUUACAUUUAUGUUUUCUGUUUAAAUGCAAAGAAGGAACGGAGUGCAAAAAUAAUACGGAGGUACAGUAGGCCUUCCGAAAUGAUAGAGGGCGCACUUCAUGUACGUCAACGUACGAUCCCGGAAGUCGGCGCCUCCUAGCCUGUUGACUUGUGUGGAGCGGCUGUAUAAAUGGAAGUUCUUUUUAAUCCGGGACAGGAAAGAAUGUUGCAUACUGACCUACAUUUUUCAUUAUUGAAGAUGUAGCCAGUGGGAUUCUGGUGGACCAGUACUCCAGACAGGUAGCCAGCAACCUCAGCCAUGAUUGGUUGCAACAGAGUGAGGAACCUUUCGUUUGUUCAACCUGUGGUCAAGCUUUUACUUCACUAAGUGAUCUUUGCGCCCAUGAAAGUGUGCACACAGAUGAGAAACCAUUCAUUUGUGAGACCUGUCGAAAGCCUUUCCUGAAUGAAGUCACCUCCAACGACACAACAGGAUUCAAACUGGUGAGAAACAAUUUGUUUGUGAGACCUGUGGGAAAGCCUUUACCCAGCAAUGUUCUCUAGACAAGCAUGAGAGGGUUCACACUGGUGAGAAACCAUUCGUUUGUGAUACCUGUGGGAAAGCUUUUAUUAAACGACGACACAACAUGAUUCACACUGGUGAGAAACCAUUCGUUUGUGAGACCUGCGGUAAAGCCUUUACUUAUCGAAGUCACCUCCAGCGACACAACACGAUUCACACUGGUGAGAAACCAUUCGUUUGUGAGACCUGUGGGAAAGCCUUUACUCAGCAAGCCCAUCGAAAUACACAUAGCACGAUUCACACUGGUGAGAAACCAUUUGUUUGUGAGACCUGUGGGAAAGCCUUUACUCAGCAAGGUAGUCUAACUCUGCAUAGCAGGGUUCACUCUGGUGAGAAACCGUUUGUUUGUGAGACCUGUGGGAAAGCCUUUACUCAACAAGGUAGUCUAGAUCUGCAUAGCAGGGUUCACACUGGUGAAAAACCAUUCAUUUGUGACACCUGUGGGAAAGCCUUUACUCGGCAAGUUAGUCUAGAUCUGCAUGGCAGGGUUCACACUGGUGAGAAACCAUUCAUUUGUGAGACCUGUGGGAAAGCAUUUAUUAGGCAAACACAUCUAAACAGACAUAAAAGGGUACACACUGGCGAGAAACCAUUUGUUUGUGAGACCUGUGGUAAAGCCUUUACUCAUCAAUGUUCUCUAAACAGACACGAGAAGGUUCACACUGGUGAGAAACCUUUCAUUUGUGAGACUUGUGGUAAAGCCUUUACUCAGCAAGGUAAUCUGCGUAAGCAUAGCAGGGUUCACACUGGUGAGAAACCAUUCGUUUGUGAGACCUGUGGUAAAGCCUUUACUCAGCAAGCCCAUCGAAACACACAUAGCAGGGUUCACAAUUGCGAGAAGCUAUUCGUUUGUGAGACCUGUGGUAAAGCCUUUACUCUGCAAACUGAACUUGACAGACAUGGCAGGGUUCACACUGGUGAGAAACCAUUUGUUUGUGACACCUGUGGUAAAGCCUUUACUCAGCGUACCCGUCUAAACAAUCAUAAAAGCGUUCACACUGGUGAGAAACCAUUUGUUUGUGAGACCUGUGGUAAAGCUUUUACUCGGCAAGGUAAUCUAGGUCUGCAUACUAGGGUUCACACUGGUGAGAAACCAUUUCUUUGUGAGACCUGUGGUAAAGCCUUUACUCAGCGUACCCAUCUAAACAGCCAUAAAAGCGUUCACACUGGUGAGAAACCAUUCGUUUGUGAGACAUGUGGUAAAGCCUUUGCUCGGCAAGGUAAGCUAAAUGAUCAUGUAAGGGUUCACACUGGUGAGAAACCCUUCAAAUUUGAGAUCUGUGGUAAAGCCUUAACUCAUCAAAGUAAUCUUCAUAUCCAUAAAAGGGUUAACACUAGUGAGAAACUAUUCGCUUAUGCGACCUGUUAAACUUUUACUCAUCGAAAUUCUUUAAAGAGACAUGGCCGGGUACACAAUAUUGAGAACCCUUUCAUUUGUGAGACCUGUGGUAAAGCCUUUUCUUACCAAAGUUCUUUACACAGACAUGAGAGGGUUCACAGAAGUACACGGGUGCAGCGUUGUCCUCAACCAAGUCAGAUGAAGACACAUAAACAGGUCUAGAUGGCUGAUGAUAAGCCAUUAUUGUAGAAAUAAUAAUAAGAAAUACAGUCCUGAAUCCUCCAAUUUCCAUGUGAUUUUUUCACACACCCUAGGGAGUUAAGGCCAAGUGAAUAAACAAACAGUGUCUUGUCCCCGCCUGCUUCCUUUUUUCCCAGCCGCCUCUCUUUUAUUGUCUUUUUUUAUCAACCUUUUGCCAUCUGAUUAAAUCUAUUUUUUAUGUUCCUCCACUAAAUUUGUAGCUGUGUACACGCAUUUAACUUAACAAUCUGUUAAAAAGCGUCGCGGCUUAUUUAGCCACAAAAGUACAUGUAUCAGCUAAAGAGUCAAGAAAAUGGAAGAACCCAUCUUGGAAAAUCUGACAUCUUGAGAAAAAAUGCAGUCAUCUGCCUUGAAAAAAAUCCGGAUGAGAAACUAUUUGAUUUGUUUUUACUUGGCCUAAUGAUUUCAACUCGGUUUAAUGAUGAUGAAUGUUUGUCCAUUGUCUUUUAACAAAUACUACAGUUGUAUGGAAUGUAAAUAGAAAAAAAUAUAUGAGUAGAACUUCAGGCCCUUGAAAUAUUGUCUAAUAUUCAUAUGAAUUCUGAUACAUGUCUUACUGUAGCUCCCUUAGACAUUCUUGACCAAAUUCUUCACUGUGCACAUGCAGUGGCGUAACUACUAGGGUCAAUUAUUCCUGGGGGGGGGGGGGGGGGCUUGGGUGCAUUUAUUUUGCAAGGGGGCGCUAAAGGCAAAUGACAUGUGUCAUUCCAACAGCGCUGUGUAAUUUUGGUUUAACUUACGAUUUCAGAUGAUGUCAUGGGCUCCGUACUUACACAUAUGAUCAUGCACAACAUCAUUGUUAAUGUUACCUAUGGUUUACUGUAACUCGCUCACAUUAUUUGGACGAAUGAGUUUUAGGAUCAUUGUGUUCAAUGGUGAUAUGUUUUGAAUGGAUUGCGCUAUUUCAGUAUUUUUUUCCGUUUAACAGUAGUUUAUGAAAUUGAUUUUCCAGUCAUCUUUAUGUUCGGUGCUUCAUAUUUUUUGAAAUAUGAAAUAUAUUGUUUGAGGUUUGGGUUCCGCUUUUUACUUGCCCUAUAUUAUUACGAUGUGGGUUGUGUACAACUGAUUUAAUUAUGCUGGUAUUGGCCAUUUACAAAACUUACAAAAUUUAAUUUGCACAGCUGAUUUCACAGGUAAAUGUAAUUGUGAAUUAUUUUAAAUAUUACGGAGAUCAUCAUAAGAUUGGUUCCUUGUUCAUAGAGCAAAUGCAUGUACUUUAUGACGAUAGUUAUGAAGGUGUCAAGUGUAGCACCAAAAUGUUUUGAAAAGAAAUUGUUCAUAUUUUAGGAAAGUUUAAUUAAGUGUGUUCAGUUUAUGCAGUGUAGACAUAUUGAAUAAAUGUACCAUUAUAACAUACAUGUAAGGGAGUAGUUUUAUUAUAUCAAUCAAUCCUUCUCCAUUUGUGGAUCUGAUGCAAGAUUGUGCAGUUUCCAACCUUUCAUCGUCAGUACUUUCUCAUUUAAAUGUUUCCAAAUUAAGAUAUAGAACAACCAGAAUACGCAUCUCUGAGUUUCUUUCAAUGAGUGAUGCUUUUUACAAUGAAUUUUACUUUCUGGUGGCAGAAAAGAUAAUAAAAAGAUUUUCAGUGACUUGUCAGAAUGUUGUCAAUGUUU